CAAGUGUUGCGGUUUCUUGGGCAAACGACCGUUGCAACCCUAACCUCUACCUGUCUAUCAAUUUAUAGACUAAAAAUGAGUUUUUCAGCCCUAAUUUCUCAAUUUAAAAGAUUAUGUCUGCCUUCAGUUAUAAGUGCACAUCGUCACAUUUCAACAGACCCCAACUUAUUCUUCAGGGCUACGCCCUGCCUGAUGGCCGAGCCUUUAAAAAAGAAGAAAAAAAUGGACCCGGCAGUAGUAAGAGCUAGAGAGGAACGGAAGAAAAAACGGCUUGAAAAGCAAAUCAGGCGCUUAGAGAAAAACACCAGGCAACUGAAACCGAUUCAGGAAUGCGAAGUGCCGUUAAACUUACUGGAUGAGAAACUAGCGAGGCAAAGGGGCAUCAGUCAUUCGGCCGAACUACUAGAAAAGCGGGUACUGUUGGAGAAACGAUGGGCCAACUUUAAAAGGGAACAGGUGCUGAGCGAUUUGCAGACAAUUGACCGACUGUUGUUCUGCCAGCAAAAGGCCCUCGAUGAACUGAGGAACGAGUCUGAAGAACUGUAUCAGGAGGCCAUUCAGUUUGACUUCCACCUGAUUCCGUUUACAAGUGUAGGACCAGUUGAAACUCCGGCCAUCGAGAAUUACGAUGUUCCUGAUGGAGAGUAUCAGGACGUGUCCAAGAAAUGGACAUGAACACCUGAACUAAUUUAUUAGAUCGUGGGGCAAACAUGCUUUUGAAAGAU